AAAGAUAAGUAGGGGUAGAUAGACACACAGAGCCAGUGGUCGAGCAUGUCUGGAUGCCCAUCUUUUAGCCUCUCCUGCGACAACAACCACUGGAACUGCUGCGGCAGCGCCAAAGAACCUGACCAGCACGGUGAUGGUUCUUUGCCAAAGCAGCAGCAGCCGUCGGCACACCAUCUACCGCCGACGCAGCCACCAACGUCCGUGGUGGCGCCGCCGCCGUCAGAAUCGGUGCCUGCACAUCAUGUGUCGUCUCCGGUGGCACCCUUCAACGACAAGGUGCAUGAGCCGCCGGUGACCGCGGCGACGCCGAUUCCUGCCGCCGUGCCACCAAAGAGAUACGAGCCGCUUCAGCCUGCCCGGACAGCGGUGACACCUUCCCGUGUGCCGUCCAAGACGUACGACGACGGCGGGGUGCAGGCCGUGACGACGAUGCGUCCUCCUCUGCCCCACAGAAUUUACGAGGCCCCGGCGCCGGCCGUAGCGCCGCUGCAGCCAGCGACCUCAAGACCUCCUGGUGCUCCUGCGUCGCAAUAUCCACCGGCGCGUCACCCUCAGCACCAAGGUACAUGUUUCCGUGGGGAAUCUUAUUCGCAGGCCUAUUAGGUUCGGGAACAUGUCGCCGCGGGAAUAUUAUCAGCACCAGCCGUUGUUGCAAAACCGAAUGUCCAGCGCAGACAUAAGAGUGAUUGGAUAGUGUACGUGCAUUGUUGUCGCAUCCUUUGUACUAUUCAGUAUCAGAGAAAAUAAAUUCAUCCACUCAAAGAGUCAAAGUUCUUUGCACAAUA